AUGGAGUUUGAGUCAACUUGGAGCAAAAUGAUUGAGAUGCAUAAUUUAAAGGACAAUACAUGGCUGGACAGGUUAUACCAAAUUCGAGAAAAGUGGUGCCCAACUUUCAAUCUCGAUUUCUUUUCUGCAAAGAUGAAGUCUACCCAAAGAAGUGAGAGUACAAAUAGUGUUUUUCAUCAAAUUAUGAAAACAUCUAUGCCUCUUAUUGAAGUUAUUAAAUUUUAUGAGGAAAAGGCAACACAAAUGCGACAAGAUGAAAUAAAUGAAGAUUUUCGUUGUAAGAAUAGUGCACCUGGGAAAGUUCAUAAGCAUGGGGGCAUUUUAAAUCAUGCUGCUAAAGUUUAUACGCUUGCUUUGUUUGAAAUGUUUGAAGAAAAGUUUAAUUCAGGUAUGGGAUUGAAUUGUGUUGAAACUAAUCAUUGUGAGGAUAACUUUACAUAUUUACUAAGUAGUGGGGAGAGUAGAAGGUUUCAUAUUGUGCAUUUUAACCGAGCUGAAUUAAGUAUUUGUUGUGAUUGCAAAUUAUUUGAGACUUUGGGGUUGUUAUGUUGCCAUGCUUUAAGGGUUUUUCUUGUGAAUAAUGUGAAUAAUAUACCCGACAAAAAUAUAUCAAGUAGAUGGACAAAAGAUGCCAAGAAAAUGUUGUGUUGCUCUGUUGAUUCAUUUAAAUCAAAUGAGAAAUUGACUCAUGUAUUGCGUAUGAGCAACUUAAGUCUUUUAUGGUAUAAAUGUUGUGAUAAGGCUACAUUGACUGAUCAUGAGACCAAAAUAGCAAUGGAUAGUCUAAGUGAGCUAUUAUGCAAGCUUGAAAAGAGUUCAGCAGAUACAAAUAAGGUGGAAGAUGUUGGUAAAAUAUGUCCUCAAGAUCUCAUACAUGAUGAUGAUGUGCAACCUUGCUUAGAUGGUAAGAGACCAAUCCUUGAUCCGCCACAUGUGAGAAAGAAAGGGAUAACUAAUUUUAGAAUAAAAAGUCAACUGGAAAAGAAGCAAAGAAAAAAGAAAGUGAAAAAUGCAACCACUUCAAAAGCUCCAAAAACUAUUUCUAUGGUACAUGAAAAUGUUCAAUCAUCAUUUCUUCUCCCGGAGAUGUCUAUUGCUAAUCCUGUGGUUAGCUCUACAAAAAUGCUUCAAGAAAAUCAUUUGAAAAAAAGGAACAUAAGAAAAGUGAAAGAUAUAACCACUUCACAAGCUUCAGAAGCUAUUUCUAUGAUACAUGGAGGGGGGAAAGGGGAUUUGUUUUUUAUUAUUCCAGAGGAGAAUUGUACAAGUGUGUUUACAAGAAAUAUAUUAAUGGUGAAAAAUGAGGAUAAUGGUGUUAUUGUGAUUACUGCUCUUGCUUCUUGA